UUGUCCAUCGAUCCCUUUUUACAAAUAUGGGGCGUGUCCUUCGGAGACAGGGUCCAGAAGGCAAGACGGACUUAGAGCAUGUGCAGCUUAGCAUAUACAAAUAUCCCAACAAUGCAAGACAAUAGCCGAUGGAGAGUGAUUGUGAGCUCUGCAGGCCAAACACAAAAGCAGUCUAUCCUAAGACUGAAGGAUAGCGGUCUUAACGCAUCGAACGCGUGUCUACUCAAGGUGUUCAUCAGACUGGCUCUUGAAUGGUUGACAGGUAAGCCUUAAAGGAACCAGCUGAGAAGGAGCCAUGUCGGUCCCAUUUCGGAAAGAGCUAGAGAAAUACAAGAACAUCAACGAAGAUGAGAUCCUCAGCAAAUUGUCCGAAGAUGAACUGAAACAGCUGGAGAAUGUUCUUGACGACUUGGAUCCGGAGAAUGCACUUCUGCCAGCAGGCUUCCGACAGAAGGACCAGACCAGUAAACCUGCCACGGGACCUUUUGACAGGGAGCGGUUGCUGUCCUACCUGGAAAAACAAGCCCUGGAGCACCAAGACAGAGAAGACUUUGUGCCCUUUACUGGAGAAAAGAAAGGAAAAGUGUUUGUCCCUAAAGAAAGACCAACAGAAACUCACAUUGAGGAGAAGGUGACUCUCGAACCUGAAUUAGAGGACGCGCUGGCCAGUGCCUCGGAUACCGAGCUGUACGAUCUAGCAGCUGUCCUUGGAGUGCACAAUUUGGUCAACAACCCAAAGUUUGAUGAGGGAACUACUGGUAAAGAUGGCAAAGAAACUGUGAGAAACGUGGUCAAAGGUGAGAAGGUCAAGCCCGUUUUUGAGGAACCACCAAACCCAACAAAUGUUGAAUCCAGCUUGCAACGAAUGAAAGCAAAUGAUCCUACGCUUGUGGAAGUCAAUUUGAAUAACAUCAAGAAUAUCCCAAUACCAACCCUGAAAGAAUUUGCAAAGGCUUUGGAAACAAAUGCCCAUGUGACAAAAUUCAGCCUGGCAGCUACACGGAGCAACGACCCUGUCGCAAUGGCUUUUGCAGAUAUGUUAAAAGUGAACAAGACCCUGAAAAGUCUGAAUAUAGAAUCCAAUUUCAUUACUGGGACAGGAAUCCUUGCCUUGAUUGAUGCACUGAAAGAGAAUAAAACAUUGACAGAGAUCAAAAUUGACAAUCAGAGGCAACAGCUUGGCACCGCAGUGGAGAUGGAGAUAGCUCAGAUGUUGGAGGAAAACUCGCAGAUUCUCAAAUUUGGGUACCAGUUUACAAAGCAAGGCCCAAGAACCAGGGUAGCAGCAGCCAUCACAAAAAAUAAUGACCUAGUUCGCAAGAAGCGUGUAGAAGGGGAACGUCACUAGACCUGUCUUGGAGGAUGUGGACACGCUACCUGUCAAAAAGCACCGCUCAGAAAAUUCACUGGCCUUAAGGGAAGACACUGGAAAGCAUUGAGAAAAGGGGCGCUCCUGUUCCACUGCCCUAAUCCCCCCUUUCUCUCUUUAAAAAAAAAGUUCCAGCCUGAUUUUCUUUAACUUGCUCACUUAAAGAAAAGCAUGUUUGAAUUAAUUACAUAAAGCCAAGAUGUACAUUCAUGCUUGGAAUUCUGAUUGCCCUGAACUGGCCCCACUCCACCCAAGGCAUGGGGCUCCCUGCUCCCAGCUAACAGACAAGGCCUGAUGCACCAGGAAGUUCUCCUGCACAAAUCCCACUGAAAUGGAUGGGAACCCCCUGGUGGAUUGAGCUUGAUGGGUUCGGACCGUCUCUCUCCCACUCGUAAAGCCUGCCACCUCAUUUUGUCUCACAGGAGGGUUGGAUCUGCCCCAUGUCUGUACAGGCCACCAUGUACCUUCCUUAGGUGGUUGAAAGGAGGCCAAGUGGUCAUUACAAGCUAUCAGUCCCAGAAUCAGUAUCCUCCUCCUCCUCCUCCUGUGCACUCCACCAAAUGGAUCAAAAUCAGACUACGACGUGCCAUAGAAGCAGAGAGAAGGUACAUUGCACAGAAGAGCUUGAGACGCAUUGCAUGCUGGCUCCAUUCAGACAACACCCUAAACCAUGGUUUGUGCUAAUUACACUGAAGCACACAAGUGGAAUGUUCUCAUAUGCAGACAAACAUAGUUUGAAGUUGCCUGCUUGCUUUCAUUUUUUUUUCUCUGCUCAGCAAACCAUGGUUUAGAGUGGCUUCUAUUUACCGUCUGCUCUCCCUUUCUAAUUUUAUGGUACAUGUGCCUCUCGAAGGGACCAACACCCCUAAGUACAGUGUGUUGACUCUGCAUAGACUAUGGUUUGUAAUCCUCUGCAAAUCAUGGUUUCUGAUACUGGUUUCCCGAAGGAUUGCAAACGGUGGUUUACUAAUUCAGAUAUCAGGCCUCCUAACCAUAGUUCAGCAUUGUCUGAACUGAGAGAAAAAGUCAAGCUAUCUGACUCUCCUCCCAACUCUGGGGUUAUUUUGGUGGGCAAAAAGCAUUGUUCCUGAGCUCAAAUAUGGUGGUAAUUCAGACCCAGAGCACCAGCAAAAUCCCUUUCCCCAAAUCAACCUGAAGGGAAUUGGAACUGGGUACAAUCCACCAAACACUGUAUUCCUGAUUGGCAUUAGCCUGAUUAGCAUUGGGUGGAUCCAUCGGUGCAUUUUGGACCAAGUUUGAAAGUAUUGUCAAAGCCUACUUGUUUACAUGUGUUGGUCUGACUAACCGAGUUCUCACUCAGUUGUCCUUUUGGGUGAUGUCAUGUAAUGAACACUAGUUUUGCCAAACCUAGAACAGUGUCAAACUUCAAAUAGUUUUUGAAAAACUAAUAUUUGUGUGCAUGUGCGUGCGUGUAUUUAACAGGAGGUCAGGAUUGUCUUUAACUGCCUCUUUCACAUAGACCAAUGUUCUAAAAACCAGAAAAUGCUUAUUUUCAAAAUGCUUGGUUUUUCUUUUUAAAAACACCCCUGAUACAACUACUUGUACCAUAUAUUGCUACUACUUGUAGAAGACUAACAGAGGCUGUGUAAUCCAAUAUAUAUUUACUGAAAACUAAAUCCUACGGAGUUCAGGGGGACCUAUUCCCAGAUCGGUGUCUGUAGGACUGCGGCCAGGCUGCAGGAAGGGCACCGUCCUGGACAACCAGCGGAGAGGGAGUUUGAUUUUGGGAUUUCCAGGAUAAAGGCACAGUUCCAUCAAUGGGUCCCUUCUCUUAAACAGCUGUUUAAGAGCUGUUGCUUAGGUAAAAGUCAUAAAAGGGUGGGAUAUAGUGAAAGCUGCCGGUCUUGCUAGCAGAUGGGAAGUGUCUACACACCAUGAAGGUCUAAAUGCUUGCGUUAUGAACGAGAAGCUUUUUCAGAGUCCCCCAGCAGUAACAAGUGCCAGUGUCUUUGCUGCUGCAGUUCUGCACCUGCACUGAGCUUGUAACUUGUGCUGGUUUCUGAGACUAAACUCAGCAAAUGGGUCUUUUUCCAAGGGCUUCAUUGCAGGUUUUUGGUGCAUUUUAAUCUGUGUACCAAAUAUAUUUGAACUGUGUACCAUUACGAACGUGAGGAGAGUUUGCCAGGUGGACCAAGCAGGUUAUAUGCAUUGUCCAACGUUAGCAUGCUCCGGGCUAAGCAGCAUCUCCAGUAGCCAGUGCUUGUUGGGAAUGAUGGGAGUUGUAGUUGAACUCAUCUAGAUGGCACCAGCUUGAGGAAUGGUGGCAUAAAAUGUGAAAGAGCCCUGGGUUGUCACUUUUUUUUAUAUUGUCCUAAAACACCACCCCUCGCUUCUCAAGAGAUGGUGAAAAUGCUUUUAUUUAUUAGUGCAAUUUAGAUCUUCAUUGUGGGCAGAAUUGUAGUGGGUCUUUUUAUUGUCUGUGUUGUCACUUGUAUUUGUAAAUUAAUAACAUAUUUAUGAGUGAUCAGGAGUUACAGAUGAAAGAAGUGUGGCUUGCUCCAGACGCAUCCUUGAGCUGUAGUUCCACAGCAGAGGUCCUGCUUUGGAUGCAGAAGGUCCCAGAUUCAGCCCCUGGCAUCUCCAGGAACUUGCCUGAAAUCCUGAUGACCUGUUGACAGGAAAAUGAGCUUCGCAUGUUCCUAGUGCUGCUGUCUCCCAAACAGGGAAGCUUUAAUCUGAGAAUGUUUCCAUGAUAUUUCUUAGACUGCAGUAGUUUCAUAGACAUAGGAAGGUGCCAAAUGCAGCAAUUCCUGAUCUACUGGUGUCCAGUAAGUUUGAUUCCCCCUCAUGUGAGAGUUAGACUGAAACUCAAUUGACUCUCAUAGCUAUGCACGCAUUGUUGUUGCAGCUAAUAAUGUUCAGUUUGUUUAUUUCUCUGAGCCAUAAGCCAAGAAAGCUCCAAAGUAUAAAAAAUAGAUUGCAGCUAAAUUGUUCUGAUAUAUCCAAAAUUGGAAAUAGAAGAUGGUGCAAAACAAUGACGCAAUGUUCUCCAAACUAUGUGAUGGAACAUGGCAGAUGGAAUUGGCCUCAUUAUCAAAUGUACAGCUUCUUGCAUGGCUAAUUUUGGUGAGAUUUAACAACGGGUAAUAUAGGAAAGUAUUGCAACGAACGCUUUUUGUUGUGGAUUUUUUAAUUCUUCAAAUUAUGUAGGAACAGGCUAGCAUGGAUUUAUGAGUGAACACCUCUGUUAGGGACAUGGGGAUGGACUGACUCCAUAUUUGCUGCGUUCAAAGACGUUUGUUGAGUUGGGUGCGGAAUGUGUUCAAAUCACAGCCACACGUCUGUUUUCUCGUGUGACUGGGCCAAUUUGCCUGGAGGUGCUGGCAAGAACUAGCGCCUCCACAUGGGGCCCAUCAUAACAUGGUGGUGUUCUGGAGCUGUGAUUCUGCACGUGAUGGCAGAUCUCCUACAGGUGACUCUACAGCACUUCCAGGUAAAAGUGGUCCUUUGACAGCCUCAUGUGCUUCUGUGAUGAUGUGUGAAACAGCUUGUGAAAAUUGCUGGCCCCGUGUAGCGAUUCCAUUUCUCCCUACUUUGAUUUCCUUACAAGCACAGCCCAACUUUUAACCCAACAAUGGCAGAAAUGUCACACUAAACAAUUGUUCCCUUCUCUCCAAAAGAUUUCCAACAGUGGCAGUCUGAAUUCUUCAAAAGGUCUACCAUAUGUGUUACAUAUUCCACCAAAAGAGGGUUCCUCAAUCAUAAUUUCCAAGAUGAAUGAAUGUCCACUUCGUUUCUCUUUGCCAAGGGAAGUCUUUCUUUCCCAGCUUCCACAAAUCUCCCACGGCCCCUUAUUUAUAUCUAGUGAUGUCCCCUUUUUCAUUUUUGAGCAAGCGGCAAGAACAGCUCCUGUUUGUGUGUUUCAAAUUGCCCAUGUGGACCAGCUUUGUCUUGACAGUUGCAUGAGGCCUAGCCUGAGCCGAGCCAUCCCUAUUGACCCAGGAUAAAUCUGGAAGCUCCGCGUGUGUCAUUUCUCCCUUUCACUCGAAAGGAUGGCGAGAGGCCACAGUCUGUGAUGCAGCAUGUGCUGUGCUUGCACAGGUUCCAGGUGGAGUCCUGGGCAGGGCUAGGAAGGACUUCCUUUCUGGAACGGCGGAGCGGCCAGUCGCGAGUGUACUGAGCCAGAUGGACGGGUGGCCUGCCUCAUCUGCCUGUCCGUGGUCCAUGAAUGGGAUGGGGAUCGGGCACGGACAUGCAGGCCUCGGCACACACCGCCCCUUCUCCGCCCCGCUGCAGCAACAGGGCUGUUCUGAGAGGGAGAUGUUUACACCGAUGAGUCGCGAUGCUGUGCUCCUUGAUUCUUGUUCUUUCAGGGCUCCUGAAUGCCAAGGAGGGUGCAAUUAUAAUGGUAGCCUCUGUAUAUAGGAUCCUGUAUUUGCAUGCUGUAACUCUGUUGUGGGCUUCUUGACUGCUUUUGCCCGUGUGGCAAGCUGUUCCUGCAGGGCGUGUCCUUUGAUCCAAGCCGUACGAUGCCUGUGCUGUGCACACGUGAGUGGUGUUUUGUGGCAUUCUGCUUUGUGGCCUAAUGCAGCCGUGUAGCCCCCUUGUCCUCCUCCCCAGCUCACGUUGGCCUACCUUCUUUACUCAUAGAGGCACCUGCAGGAGGAGUGGCAUUUAAUGGAUAAACUAGUUAGAUUAAUUCAUUAGAAAUAUUCUGAUCAAAUCAGAUGUGCCACCAAGUGAAAAAUAAAUAAUUUCAAUACAUCUGAAGUGCUGAAGAUGGUGGCUGUCAUCCUAAAAGAGGUAUCUGUCCAGUGCAAAGGAAAAUGCCCUCUUUCUGAGUAGCACCUGCCUCAGCCUGUGUACACUUUGAAAAAUUGCUUUUCUCAUCUGCAGAGCUAAACAACUAAUUGAUCCUGAGCAUUCUUGCCAAGAUGUUUUUAACAGGGUUGUCGGACUUGGUAAAUAGGGACAACCAGACAUGGUUGCUAAACUGUUCAUGUGUCUGCUUGGAAAGUCAGAUUCUGGGUGGUUAGAAAUGUCUGCUUCAUCACAGAUCUGCACUCAAGGUGGGGGGGAAAACUUUUCUUUAUCACCUGGCGGGAUGGUGCUGCUGCGGCUGCUGCUACCCUAGAGCCCUAGUCCUGGCAUUGGUUUGUUGUAUGCAUGGCCCCAGUGCUAUUUCACUAUGCAUCCACAUUCAUUCAGAGAUCCAAGGAAAGAGAAGGUUGUAAAAUUCCCACACUAAGCAGGAAAAUGUCAGCCAGUUAUCAUCCUUCCAAGGGGUGAGGAGAAUUUAAGCUCACUUGUGCCUUUGACCAGAAAUCUGGGCUAGCUAGGGAAUGGUAAGAUUCUUCACAACAUUUGGUGGGGCAACACAGAUGUCCCAGUUUGCAGAGGGGUCACAUCUGCAUUUAGAGUUCCUUUGUGCUAAAAGGUUGUCCGUAUUUAGGCAGGGCCAUACGUUCAUGUGAAUUCUUUUGUGUGGUUGAUGGCUAGAAAAGGCUGGCAUGUAUCUUAAAGUCUCCUGGUCACAAGGUGUUUCUGCAGCCAUUCAUCAUGAUGGUGGUACCCUUUUGUUCUCUAUCAAAGGCUGUGUGACAGGCAGAAAUUCAACGGUAAAGCUGUUUGUGCUGUGGUGAUGCCAUGAUGGGAAAAAUCUUGCAUUUGUGGUAAACAGCUGCUAGAGGCAUAGAAGUCAGAAAGAUGGUGAACCUAUUCAUGAGCUCCUGGCUUGGACACCAGGCUGUUCUCGUGAAUGGAUGAAACAUACGCUUUCAGCACAGCUCCAGGGACCAAGGUAUGCAGUAUGAAAACUAGUUUUGGCUGGUGCACAGAGAGCCCUUCUGAAUCCCUGGCCACCUUGAUCAAGUCAUGGAUACUCACUGCCCACAGCAAUUUCCACUGCCUCUCUCCACACCCUUGAAUCUGAUGAUCCAAGCACCAUUCACAUAGUAGGUUAAAGUCAUCAUUAGUCAAUUUUGAUGGGAAAUGGACCAAUACUAUGUGUACCAAAUCAUAAGAGUGACACAGGGUCAUAUCAUUCUCUAAUAGGUACAAGAGCUAAAGAUGUGAAGAAUGCAAAAGGAUAGAGUGUUACAUUCACAUCCACGGAGAAAAAUCAGUGUGGUGUAGUGGUUAAGAGCGUGGGACUGGGACUCAGGCGAUCUGGGUUCGAGUCCCCGCUUGGCCAUGGAGCCAACUGGGUGACUUUGGGCCAGUCACAGACUCUUAGCCCAGCCUACCUCACAGGGUUGUUGUUGUGGGGAUAAGAUGGAGGAGGAGAUGUAAGCUGCCUUGUGCCCUUUGUAGAAAAAGGCGGGAUAUAAAUCGAAAAAAUAGAAUAAACCUGGAAAGUCACUUAUGUGAACCAGUCCUAUUAAAACCCAAGAUCUGCAACUGUUUAGCAUUUAAUGGGAAGAACAGAGGCUGCAGCUGCACCCAAGAACUUGAUAAAGGCUGUUGGCGAAGGAGAAGACUCUCUAAGAUCUGUGCCUAACUGGCCUUACAUAAGUCUUUCAACAGGCACUGGUAACGAACAUAGGGAGAUACACGUUGGUUGAUAGAGGACAAUCCUAGACUCAUUUACAGGCGAGAUCUAGAGUGGGUACAUCCAGGUAGUGAGAUGAGUUAUAUAAGGGUUAGUAUCUGAUUUACUGCUGUCCUAAGCUCAGUUUCUGAGUAGAAGAAGGUCAUCUUUAGAAGAAUAAUGUGACUUUGGAGCACAAAUUAGAACUUCAUUAUUAAAAGAAAUAAUUUGACAAAGGGUUGGGAAUUAGCUAGACAGUUUUCACACACUGCUGUUAUUUGGGUUUUUUGUAUUUUUUUAAAAUAAAAUUUUCCAUAAACACAGGUAGCCAUGGUGUGCAACAUUUAUGUAUUUUUAUAGUGUACCAAGUCUAUGUACAUGUGAAAUGCUAGAAAAUGUUCAGUUUGGAAAACAAACAAUAAACAAUGUUGCAUGUUCACAGCUUUGCAGCAAAAAGGAAGGGAAAAUGUUGACUUCUGAUAAUCAGUUGCUUUUGUAAAUAAAUUUUUCAUAACAAGUCA